ACGAAAUGAAAAGACUAAUCUUUGUGGUGCUUUGUAUUGCACUUUCGUCGACAAAUGCUUGCAAUCCGACACCAACUACAGUAGUGGGCACACAUGCACCUUCCACUUUCUGUUCGGGUGAUUUGAUAUUCCAGGAAACUUUUGACACUUUCGAUGUGAAUAAAUGGCAGCAUGGCGUAACAAUGUCUGGACUGGGAAACUAUCAGUUCAAUUGGAUUGUAAAUGAUCGAAAUAACUCGUACGUCAAUAAUGGAAACCUUCACAUCAGACCUACUUUGACUGAUGACAAGUUUGGUGAGAAUUUCGUUACAUCGGGGACUGUCGAAAUUCCAGAAUCGGAAUGUACGGAUGCUAAUAAUUGGGGAUGCAAGAAAACUGGAACACCAAGCAAUCCAAUUCCACCCAUCAGAAGCGCCCGAAUCAACACUUUCAACUCGUUCGGAUUUAAAUACGGAACAUUAGAAAUCAGAGCUAAAGGCCCUACUGGUGACUGGAUUGGUUCCUCAUUAUGGCUCCUUCCAAUUGAAAAAAUUUACGGUGGUUGGCCGGCAUCAGGAGAAAUAGAUUUAAUGGAAAUGAAAGGAAAUACUGACUAUUGGGAUCCAGCUAAGGACAAUAAGCAUGUUGGAGUUGAACACAUGGGCUCAACAUUACACUUUGGUCCGUCAUCGGUUCACGAUGGCUGGGCUAGUGCAACUUAUUCGAAAAAUCAACAUCCCGGUUUCGACGAUGACUUCCAUGUUUAUAAGCUCGUAUGGACAAAAGAAUUUUUCCAAUUCUACGUUGAUGGCAUUCAUUUGGGAAGCGUUACACCAGGACCAGGUGGAUUUUGGGCAAGAGGAGGAUUCGGAUGGACUGGACUACCUAAUCCGUGGGCCAAUGCAACUAUAAUGGCUCCUUUCGACAAUGAGUUCGGUAUAAUUUUGAGCCUUGGUGUUGGAGGGAACGCAGUUUUCCGUGAUAGUUAUGUUAAUGGAAAUGGUGCCAAGCCAUGGGUUAACAAUUCCGGAAGAUCGAUGGCUGAUUUCUGGAUAGGAAAAUCGCAAUGGCUGCCGAGAUGGAGAAUGGAUACCGAUCACAGUCAUUUGCAAGUUGAUUACGUUCGUGUGUGGGCUUUGUAAAUCAAAAAGUAGGUUAAUGUAGCACAGCUUGACUAUAGUAAAUACAAUUUUAAUGUG